AUGCCGGUGCGAGCGGUCGAGGCGACGCAGAGGCGACCAGCUGAGGCGGCGCAGAGGCCGGGGGCGGAGACGGCGCAGCAGAGUCCGGAGGCGGAGAGAGCGCAGAGGCCGGAGGCGGAGACGGCGCAGAGGCCGGAGGCGGAGAGGGCGCAGAGGCCGGAGGCGGCGCAGCAGAGGCUGGGGGCGGAGACGGCGCAGCAGAGGCCGGGGGCGGAGACGGCGCAGCAGAGGCCGGGGGAGGAGACGGCGCCGCAGAGGCCGGGGGCGGAGACGGCGCAGCAGAGGCCGGGGGCGGAGACGGCGCAGCAGAGGCCGGGGGCGGAGACGGCGCAGCAGAGGCCGGGGGAGGAGACGGCGCCGCAGAGGCCGGGGGCGGAGACGGCGCAGCAGAGGCCGGGGGCGGAGACGGCGCAGCAGAGGCCGGGGGCGGAGACGGCGCAGCAGAGGCCGGGGGCGGAGACGGCGCAGCAGAGGCCGGGGGCGGAGACGGCGCAGCAGAGGCCGGGGGCGGAGACGGCGCAGCAGAGGCCGGGGGCGGAGAGGGCGCAGAGGCCGAGGGCGGAGAGGGCGCCGCGGCAGAGGCCGGGGGCGCAGAGGCGGGGGGCAGAGAGGGAGCAGAGGCCGGGGGCGGAGACGGCGCAGCAGAGGCCGGAGGCGGAGACGGCGCAGAGGCCGGAGGCAGAGAGGGCGCAGAGGCGGGGGGCGGAGAGGGCGCCGCGGCAGAGGCCGGGGGCGGAGGGGGUGCAGAGGCGGGGGGCAGAGAGGGAGCAGAGGCCGGGGGCGGAGGGGGCGCCGCGGCGGUUCCGCCCCCGCAGCCCCGCGGCGCGCAGCGCGGCCUUGCAGGCGGAGCGGCAGCGCCUGCACAGGGAGGUCGUCACCCGCUGCUGGGAGCGCUGGAUCGACGCCACCUUACAGGGCGCCCAAAACUGCGAGCAGCUGAUUCUCGGCUGGCUCGAGGAGUACGAAGACUUCGAGGGCUUCUUCAUGCGGAACCUCGCGCCCCAGGACAGCCCCGGCUCGCCCCCGCGCCAGACCUGA